GGUUCAGGCUGUCCCUGCUUGGCUAGGAAGGGAGCUGCAGCAACGACGCCCCAGACUGGCCCCUGCUACCACUACUGAGUUAACAGGGGGUCCCAGGCUAGGGAACCCCAACAUGGGCAACCCCCAGGACAGCUUCCUGCAACUCAGGCCCUCUGCACCCUUCCCGAGGCCCUGAGUGGUCAUCCCCUGAGCUCACUCAGAUUAGGAGUGGGAGCUGUGCUGUGGGAGGCUGCCUGGACUGAACUUAGCAAGGAUGGCGCUGCUCAAAGUCAAGUUUGACCAGAAGAAGCGGGUCAAGUUGGCCCAAGGGCUCUGGCUCAUGAACUGGCUGUCUGUGUUGGCUGGGACCAUCAUCUUCAGUCUGGGGCUGUUCUUGAAGAUCGAACUUCGGAAGAGGAGUGAAGUGAUGAAUAAUUCCGAGAGUCAUUUUGUGCCCAACUCCUUGAUAGGGGUGGGGGUGCUGUCCUGUAUCUUCAACUCUCUGGCUGGCAAGAUCUGCUAUGAUGCCCUGGACCCCGCUAAGUACGCCAAGUGGAAGCCCUGGCUGAAGCUGUACCUGGCCAUCUGUGUCCUCUUCAACCUUGUCCUCUUCCUCGUGGCUCUCUGCUGCUUUCUGCUGCGGGGCUCCCUGGAGAGCACCCUGGCCUAUGGGCUGAAGAAUGGCAUGAAGUACUACCGGGACACGGACACCCCUGGCCGGUGCUUCAUGAAGAAGACCAUCGACAUGCUGCAGAUCGAAUUCAAGUGCUGUGGCAACAAUGGCUUUCGGGACUGGUUUGAGAUUCAGUGGAUCAGCAAUCGCUACCUGGACUUCUCCUCCAAGGAUGUCAAAGACCGCAUCAAGAGCAAUGUGGAUGGACGGUAUCUGGUGGAUGGUGUCCCUUUCAGCUGUUGCAACCCCAACUCGCCGCGACCCUGCAUCCAGUACCAGCUCACCAACAACUCAGCACACUACAGCUAUGACCACCAGACAGAGGAGCUCAACCUUUGGCUGCGUGGCUGCAGGGCCGCCUUGGUCAGUUACUACAGCAGCCUCAUGAACUCCACGGGUGUCGCUGUGCUCCUGGCCUGGCUCUUGGAGGUGAGUGUCACAGUUGGGCUGCGCUACCUGCACACGGCGCUGGAAAGUGUAUCUAACCCUGAGGACCCUGAGUGUGACAGCGAGGGCUGGCUGCUGGAGAAGAGUGUGCCCGAGACCUGGAAGGCCUUUCUGGAGAGCUUGAAAAAGCUGGGCAAGGGCAACCAGGUGGAAGCCGAGGGUGCAGAGGCAGGCCAGGCCCCUGAGGCUGGGUGAUGGCCUAAGGGGGGGAGGUUCCCUUCCCUUCUGAACACUCAGUAGUGGACUCCAGGAAAUGUGGCUACCCCCCUUGUCCAACGGAAAGUCCAAAUCUCCUAAGAAGGCUGGCCACCUUCAGACUC